AUGGAACAAAUAGGUGAGUUUGUGGUGUUGGCCUAUCACGAUGUGCGGGAUGCGGCUUCACUGCACGGCCACUUCAAACGCCGCGGCAUUGACGCUGCGGUGAUUGACGCCGCGUACAUCAUCUCACGGCUGCAUCUCGCCGUCGCCCUCCACCGCAUCACCCGCAGAGUCUUCACAAUGGACAGCAAUAAAGAAAACAAUAAAGAAAACAACAAAACAAUAAUAAGUGGUGGUGUUGGGCAGAAGUCAUCACCAACGGCGCGGGAUGUCUUUGCGGCGCUCUCACACACGCGAAACCUCGAUCGUGUGUUGCGAUCUCUCACGUGUUCAGAGACAACGACGGCUGUUGUGAUUGUUUUGUGUGCCCCGUCGGCGGAGCACAUUGCGGGAGUUGUGAGUACAGUCUCUGGAGUACAACACGAGUUAUCGGCGCUGCCAACAUAUACAAAGGAGGCGGCAGUGCGGGAGUUCUACGGUGUGAAUAGUAGUGAGACAUCUUUAGUAACAACAACAGCCACAAGAAGAGAAAUAGGAGGAGAGAUGGCUGGGUUGGAAGUGACGGUGGUGAACCGUCUGGCCACCAACGACAUUUGA